GGUAUCCUCGCUUUCUGGUAAAAAAAUCACGACUUCCUGAACGACAGAUUUUGCAGCUUCCCUGAUUGGCUUGGCGACUUCUUGUCUUUGGAAUUCCUCUUUUGCACCAAUGAAUGACAGAACAAUCUGUUUUCUGGAAGGAGGUUUGGCUCCUUUGAUGGCUUUAUCAUCUGUGGUUGGGACGGUCCCAAGCAAAAAAUACCGCGGGUGUUUCUGUUUCGCAGCAGCCAUGUUGACAGUUCAAUGACUUCGCAUUAACUGAGAGGUAAACACCAACUAGGGCUGAGAGGUCAACCUGCUCAAGGAUUUCAUGAGUGCUUCUGAAUGUUCCGGGGAUUGUCCUGACGUUUUCGACGUUGCUCGACGAUAGCUUAGAAAUUUUUUUCCGGAAAAUGGCCGCAUUGCUGAUCGACUCUCUUUACCAAAACCUGACUAAUUUUGAAAAAUGUGAUUUCCAUGGGGAACCCCUAAACACUAUUCAAUUUUGUUCAAAUUUGAAACGCAGCUCUUACAUGAUGAACCUCACCUCCAGAAAAAAGUUUGAUUUUGAAAGAUAUCGGGGGACCAGAUUCAUCCUAAUGACCGUGGCGAUUAUUAUUAAGGACAAAGCCCGUAUUUUAGCGCACGUGAAGGAUUUCCUCCUGAGAGGGAUACAGUGAUCACGAAGCAACUUUUUUGUGAAGAAAAAAAAACAAAGCAACGUUCUUCGAUCAUUGACGAGAUAAUAAGAUUACUUAAGUUAUGGAUCGAGGCUCAGAAUCAACGUAGGCUUAAUAUCAGCCUAAUGUUCAUUAAGGGAAAAGGGACAGCGUAUUUACUUAACUUUGAAAGAGCAGAAAGGCAAGCACACUGAGGAGGAAUUUACCAUGAGCAACGGCUACCUGCACUUUCUUACUUAGCAAGACCUGAGGGUACCCUCCCUUCAUUCUUUGCCAUCCCAGCCUCACUUUCCUAAUAGUAAGUGAAGCAUCUUAUAUUUUUUACUUUCAUGUAUUUUAGUUUUUUUGACGAAGUACCCAUACCAACCCAUUUUCCGAGCCGCUUAUCUUCACAAGGGUCGCGGGAAUGCUGAAGCCAAUCCCAGCGGUCAUUGUACAUUUUGACUUUAACGGUGAAAUCCGCCUCGAAUCGAAAUUUGAGGUAACUACUGUGGGAACGAAUCUCAGUCGUACACCGAGGACUCCUUGUAUUUGGACUGACCAGAUAGAAAUAGAGGUUUUUGAAAGGUCGUGAAAAUUGGUGUAAAUGUACCACAGCAUUUCAGGGGGGAACAAACAUCAUCACACCAGUCAAACGUGGUGGUAGUGUGAUUGUCUUUGGGUGGAUUUCUCCUUCAGGACCUGGAAUUCUACUCUUUAGGAGAAUGAUCAACCACCAGUUUGUCAUUUCAAUUGAAGCACUGCUAUUAUACUGCUGGAUUCAGAAUUUUCUGAAUGGUUUAAAAAAACAGGUUUUAGAAUGGCUGAGUCAACCUACAAACUUGAAUUUAAUUGAAAUGCAACGGGAUGGUCUCAGAACCACCGUUCAUGCUUGAAAACCCUCAAUUUUUGAAAAAUGACCCAAAAUACUGUAUCCCUUCAGAGAAGGGAAAGACUCAUUGCCAGUUCUGGAAAAUGCUUUAUUUCAGUUGUUGCUGGUAAGUAUGAUCCAACUAGUUAUUUGGUUUAGGCGGCCAAUACUUUAACGCACCGUGUCAGAGAACUUGUAAAAGUAACCCCCCCCCAACGCUCCAUUAUAAAACAGCAUUUUAACUUCACUUGCGUUAUAUUUGUCUGUUAUUUGUAUUUGUAAUAUAAUCUUAAACAAAGUAGGGAAAAUAUUCAACAAAAGGAGCAAAUAGCUUUUUAAGGUGCUGUAAGUAAGUUUUACUGCCAUCUGUGCAAGCAGAGUUACCAGCUUGAAAAGAUGAGUGUCAAAGCGCUGGAGUCGCACUGGAAAAACAGGAGACACGCUGAUUUGGCGAAGACUCUCUCAUCUUCCGUUGGUAUGAAUCUGUUUCUAAAAUAUCAAGAUAGUGAAGCAUCAACUUCAGGCAGUGGUACUAGCAGUGCAUGCGCACCUACAGUUGUCCACCCAUCGACUUCAACCAGCCAGAAGUCAGGCUUUAUGAACGUAGUUCAAUACACGAAGACGGACAUGUUAAAGGCAGAGAUUGUGUGGACUUUAAAAGUGAUCUGCAGCCAUUACAGUUACAAAUCUUGUGAAAAUAAUUCGAAAGUGUUUGUAGUCAUGUUCCCAGACAGUGACAUUGCUAAAAACUACCACUGUGGGGAAAGGAAGACUUCAUACCUGGCUACAUUUGGCAUCGCUGCCCACUUUUCAUCUCUACUGCCUCAAAGCCAAAAAAGCCAGAACAGAGACUGACAUAUCUACGGUUAUUGUGAAGGCUGACAGGCUGUGUGAGGAGGUAGAAGAAAAGAGGAAUCUGAGGUUUAUCACCGAGGCCAAAGCACGCAGAGGCAGAGCAAAGGACAAGAGAGCCACUUUGGCACCUCUGCAGCAACAAAUAGAGGAGGCACUGGACUGUUAUGUGAAGACGUUGACAAUGGUCAUAUCAAUGAGAACUACCAGAAGGGGCGACAGGUGAUCACUGUCACAGGUACUGAGGUACUGGAACAUUUGAUGAACCAAGAACGGUUGAUGGCACCAUUGGGUGAGUCUUUUUUCCUUACUCUUGAUUUCCCACGAUCGCCCUAAAUUUUUCGUGUCAGCCCUAAAUUUUUCGUGUCAGCCCCUAAGAAUGCCCCUAAAAAGCCCUUAAAUUUUUUUGGACAGACUGAGUAUGAACCCUGCGGUGUACCUGCUCAUGCCCAAUGACAGCUGGGAUUGGCUCCAGCACUCCCGCAACCUUCGUGAGGAUAAGCGACUCAUAAAAUGGAUGGAUAGCAUGACAAACCUUUUAUUAAUCAAUCUAAAGGUUUGUACACAUUAAAUAUAAGAGUUCGCGAUUACAGAGGAGCUACCAAAUAAACCAGACACACAGACAGUGAAAUUUUAGGUGGCAUUUAAUGUAAUCUACUACAAAACAGCUACAACUCCAGUACAGUGGUACCUUGAGAUAUGAGUUUAAUGCCACCCAAUUUUUGAUUUUCCACAUAUUUAAAUUAGAAAAGUGUAUUUUAAAACAACAAAUUUUAUUAUAUUGUGUAAAAACGAAAGACAAUGGAAAGAAGGAACCGUUUUUAUAAAGUGUACUACCUCACAUCUAACAUGUUCUGCUAUUUUAUUGUAUUUUAUUUGCGUAAGAACCUUGUGGAGAAGCGCUCAUAUUUCGUUGUAUGCACAGUCCUAUCAUGACAUUAAAGGCUUUUGAUUUUUGAAACGACUUUUGGUAAGAGAAGAUACUGGUGGUGGUGGAAGGUGGCAGAGGCAGAUGGAGGAUGUUUGUGGAGGAGGUGAUUUCUCAGUCAAUUUCGCUCAGCCUCUUCUUUACACUAUCUCUGAAGUUAAUUGCAACACGUUUGCUUUUCUUUCACUUUUGCUGAACUUAUGUGUCAUUUCACUUAGCUACUAAAUGCUCGGCUUAAUGUUACUUUUACAGUUAAUGAACUUGGAGGAACUUUAUUGCUACUGUAUUUUUUUUUCUUGUUAGCUUUGCUCAAUUAUCUUUAGGUCUUUUCUCUUGCACAGCUUUAGCCUUAAUCACAACGUGUUCUUCUGUGUCAAUAGCCAUUUAAAAAAAAAUGUCUGUCCAAGAGGUUUGUUUGUGCCUCUUUUAGACUGUUUUCUGAAAUGUGGAAGGCACCAAAGCACAACCACUUGCAACAUUUUCUGGAUGUUUGUUCACUACAAAGUUCAAAACUUUCUCCUACAUUGCAAGCACUUCCUUUAUAUCGGUGAUAGAAAUAAGCUCCUCCUCUGUCUCAUCAUCAGAACUCUCACUCUGCAGCUCUUAUGCUGCAACAUCUGUCACUCCUUUUAAUUCCUCCGUCAAAUCCAAUCAAUGAAAAAAUAAUCAAAAGCCAUUAUUGUCAUUAUAUGAUCACCAGCAAAGGCAUUGAAGGUGAAACGUGGAAGAGUCUUUCGCCUGACAUUGAUCCCAAACACACUGCCCGGGCAGCAAAGGAGUUGCUUCAUAAGAAGUAAAGGGUCUGAAUAUUUAUGACCAAUUGAUAUUUCAGUUUUUCUUUUUUGAUAAAUCUGUAAAAAUGUCAAUAAUUCAUUUUUUCUUUCAAUCUGGGGUGUUUUCUGUACAGUAUAAUAAUGAAGAAAAAAAAUAAUGAUUUUUUGCAAACGACAGCAGUAUAAUUUUAAGAGUGACAUUUUUAAGGGGUCUAAAUACUUUCCGUACCCACCAUAUGUGUUAUGGGCCUCAAGUUUUGAGGCCAGCGUUACAGAGUUGAAUAUUUUUUUGUUGCUUUGAACUAACCUCUCCUCUUGGAACCCUGGAAAGCAGAAGUGCAUGAUGAGGAGAGAGGCAGUGGUUACAUCUUCCCCAGAAAGCAUAUUCUGGAGUUACUUCAUGGGGAUGUGUAACGCUGCUCCGGAGAAACAUUUGCAAUACUUUUACCAGAUGAGCGACCAGCGGAGGGUGUUUUUUGUCUUCUCUGUGUGCCUCCUGUUGGCCAGCUCUACACUUAUCGUCUACUGGUCGCGCCAAGGCUGGCACAACCAUCCUAUCAGCAGCGGCUUGCAGGCCCUUGUCCAACCUCCUCAUUCUAACUGGGCUUCAGUGGCCAGCAGCAUAAAUAUAGAAUUCAGACGGAUCGACAAGUUUGCUUCAGGGGCGCCAGGAGCCAGAGUUAUCGUCACCGACAGCUGGGUGUUAAAGGUCACCACCUAUCAUGUCUACAUUGCUGCACAGAGUGACUGUCACGUGACUGUGACCGACUCCAGGCAGCACCAACUGAGUCCCGACUCAGUCUCUCCCACACAGCUCCUCACCCUCAGAGUGCAUAGUAUCAACCCUGCAGUUAAGCCGUUUGAUAUCAGAUUGAACUCAACAGAGUAUGCCGAGCUCAGAGAAAAGGUCCAUGCACCAAUCAGGAACUCUGCUAGUGUUGUGAUUCGCCAAACAAUUAGUGAACUUUUCUUGGAAACGUUCCAAGCUCAUGUGGACCUCAACCAGCCCUACUUGCUCCCCAGUGGUCAGGAUGUGGAGCCGUGUAUUGGCUGUAUGCAGGUGCCAGCAAACACCAAGCUGGUGAGACUCUGUCAUGUAGAUGAAGCUGACAUUGAGCCUGAGUGCGAGCAGUGUUUCUGCAGACCCAUGUGGUGUCUGUCCUGUCUGGGUCGAUGGUUCGCCAGCCGACAAGACCAGCAAAGACCUGAGACCUGGUUGUCCAGUCGAGUUCCCUGCCCCACCUGUCGAGCCAAAUUCUGUAUACUAGAUGUUUGUGUAGUGCAUUGACAAACACACACAAAAGACUUACUUGUGGCAAGUGGCAGUGGUUAAAUGCCAAAAACCUUUAUUUAUGAAUUUGAAAUGGAUAUGUUGGAUUCUAAAUCCAGACAAAUCUGAAGUCAAUCUUGAUCCCAAAAAUGAUGGUAUUUGGUUUUAGAAGUUUGACUGUGCAGGUUGUGUCGAGUGAAUAAAUAUUAUGCAAUGCCAUUCAGCAAUGGCAGCAUCCACAGUUACUUACUUUGGGGGUGGUCAUUGGUCACAACUUUGCAUUAUCUUCUAUUAACACUUAAAAUUCUUGAAGUACUGCUUCUCUCUCCUCAUACAUCAAUCAAAGAAACAAUAUAAAUUUUAGAAAAAAAGUUGUGACCAUCUGAUGUUCCAGCAUGUGGGACAGCUGCAUCACAACUCUCAUGACUUGAUUUUUCUACCUCUGUGCUACAGCAGCCCCCCACCCCACCCCAAGGCUGUCAGUACAUUGCAGAUGGUCCAAAUUGAGUUUUAAUUCUAUUUUAUUAUAGUAUACUUUGUACUCUACUUUAUACUAUCCUAUGUUUUUGUAUACUAUUAUAUACUGUUUGAAUGAGCAGUAUCAGUUUUAAUCCUAUUUUAUUAUAGUAUACUUUCAUACAUUACUUUAUAAUAUCCUGUAUUUUUGUAUACUAUUAUAUACUGUUUGAAUGAGUGUGUGUUUCUUUUGGCUUGUCCCUUUCAGGGUUGCCACAGCAUAUAUAUAUUUUUUUUUUACAGAAUGGAGAAAGAAGCUUUUAAUGUAAGAGUAUAUAGCUGGUAAAUUAGAGAAAUAUGUGGCGGGGGGGGGGAAUGUGCCAAAUCAUAUUAUUCAUGUCUCGCAAAAAUCUGUACCUUGACUAAAAAUUGGCUUCUUUUUUCAUACCACUGAGAUAUUUAAAAAAUGUUGGUGACUAAACCCCUGUUUUUAAAGUAUUUCUUUUCUUUCUUCCAUUUGCACCUCUUUGCUGGAGAAUUAACGGGUUUUGUUACCAAUUUUUCCAUUGAAGUGAGCCAUCCACCAAGUGAAUAAACAGUAUCCACCUCACCACCAUAGUAAUAGUUGAGUUUGGAUUAUUAGUAAAACAUUAAUCUGGGGAACAUUAAUAAAUGACUAGUUGGUUAUACUUGAGAAAUUAUGAUAUAAUUAUAUUUUUAUCAAGCAAUUUUAGUUACCCUAUGGAACAUGCUUUUUUCCCGCCAUAAUAGAAUAAAGUGUAAUUGCGCAUCCACUACAGCAGCCAGCAGUGCCGCUGUCAUUGUUUAGUGUGCGCAAGUGUAAACUGUCAUUUCAGAACAGAAGCGAUGCAGAUGUGGUAAACGCUAAUUAGCUGUCAGUUUUCCAGCCAGGGUCUUUGGAAUGUCUGAGCGUGAGAGGAAUUUCGAUAAUACUUUUCCAAUUUAGAGAUGUUUCUAGGGUAAAUCUGUGGACAAUUAUGGCAUUAAAAGAAACACUGAACCCUUAUCUACCGAAGACUAUUUUACUUUUAUUGCACUUUCAUUAUUUGCUUAAAUAUGACCUUGUACAUUUAACCAACAGAUAAAGUGUUGUUCAUUUGCUAAUCAGACAAGGCUGUGUUGUGAAGCCGGUGGCUGUCCUUGAUCUUUGU